UCGUGUAGAAAUUCCAAGAUGUCAGCGUCCAUGGUGCUUGAUUUUGAACGUACUCGGACCAAGUUUUUGAAUGUCAUUGAGAAUAGUGUGAAAAGUGGAAACAUACAGGAAUGUGUUACAAAAAUACAAGAAGAAGAUGGGGGAGAGGGAGAAAAGAAACUCGUCACAGAUCAAUCACUUAGAGAUGUCAUCAGGAAAUUGGUGGAUUCUGAUGCACCAUGUGAAACAUUUAAACUGGUUAUUGGAUGUGCUGUGGAAGGCGCUAUAAAAGAUAUAUGUACAACCACAGUACCGUUUUUAAUGUUAGCGGACAUGUUUGAUAUGUUAACGCUAGAGAAAUCAGAAAGAGUAUUUAGUAUUGUUGAAGAUAAUGUUUCUGUCUGGAAAUCAGCCAGUUUUUAUGAUGCAGGAAAAAACUUUCUCCUGAGAAUGUGCAAUGAUUUGAUUCGUCGUCUGUCGAAAUCUCAGAAUACUGUAUUCUGUGGAAGAAUUCAACUGUUUCUCUCACGGUUAUUUCCCCUGUCGGAAAGAUCAGCCUUAAAUCUUAUGAGUCAGUUUAAUUCAGAAAAUGUAACCGUGUUCAAUAUGCAGGCCAAUGAGAGUAAAUUUAAAAAACCGAGCGAAAUUAAGGUUGAAAAAAUGGAAAUGGAAGAAGGAGAAAUGGAAGAACCACCCAGCACAUUUCCCAUAGAUUAUAAUCUAUAUCGAAGAUUCUGGUCGUUACAAGAAUAUUUCCGUAAACCUACGCAGUGUUAUGACAAGGUCUCGUGGAAAACAUUCUCCAUUCAUGCCGAUGAAGUAUUGAAAGCUUUCGAUAGUUGUAAACUGGACGAUCUAAAAUCACAACGUAAAAAAUUAGAUAAGACAAAACAAAUGGAUACACAGACGUUUUUUGCUAAAUAUCUCACCAGCGAAAAGUUAUUAGACCUUCAACUAAGUGACAGCAACUUUCGACGAUAUGUUUUAGUCCAGUUUCUCAUCCUCUUUCAAUAUCUCAACGCACAAGUUAAAUUCAAGAGUGCAAGUCAUGUUCUAACAGAUGAACAAUCAGCUUGGGUAAAAACAGCAACGGAAAAAGUCACAAAUUUGAUUAAAGAAACACCACCUGAUGGUGAAAAGUUUGCUGAAUCAGUGGAGCAUAUUUUAGAAAGAGAAGAAAAUUGGAAUAAUUGGAAGAACGAAGGCUGUGUUAGUUAUGUGAGAGAGAAACUAACAGAUGAUAAAGAACCCGUUGAAAAGACACGUGUCAGAGCAAAACGUAAACGAGUUGGUGAUGAUUUAAUGACAAGUGCUGGGAAGAUUAAUAUGGGAAGUUCCGAGUUAACCAGGUUAUGGAACAUCAAUUCUGAUAAUAUGGAUGCUUGUAAAGCUGAUACAAGAGUAUUUUUACCACAUCUAGAAGAAUAUUUUGCUGAAGCUAUAGAACAAGCUGAUCCUGAAGCCCAGAUAGAAGAUACUUAUAAAUUAGUGAAUAAAGAUAGUUACCAAUGGCGGUCAUUACGAUUAUUGGCUAGACGUUCUCCACAUUUCUUCACACAGCUGAAUCCACCAGGAAUUCCACUCAAUAAAUAUCUCGAUAUCAUGGUCAAUAAAAUAGCACAGGAUAUGCCUUCGAACUCCGGUGAAGGUGAGAUGGACGGAGAAGGAGAAGAAGAUGAGAAGAAUGAAUUAGAUGAAGAGGAACCAGAAGAAAAAAUACCCAGAAGACAUCAAAUCACCGACAAUAGUAAAACUAUUAACACAGUAAAAGACGAUGCACCAUUAACAGAUAUAGUUACCAAGGAGAAUAUUGCUAAGAUUGCUGGUUUAAUUGGUGAGAACUGGAAGAUGUUGGGUAAAGAAUUACGAAUGCAGGAGGAUGAUUUGGCUUAUUUUGAAUCAGAAGGUGAAACAGCUCCACUUAAUAUGUUAACAGUAUGGAAGGAAAAUGAGACCCGGGAUUCAAAACUUGAUGUGAUAAAAUCGGCCCUCAUCAAGAUUGGACAAUCAUCAAUUGCAGACAGCGUUUUUACUUCAUCUUAAACUCUUCAUCAUUAUUAUUGUAUAAUCGUCAUGGUUAUGAACAAAUAUCAUUGUAUAAUUUUCAUGGUUAUAAACAAAAAUUAUUGAA